AUGAUUAAAUUUGUGAAAAAAGUGGUUGGCUUUGGUGCCUUUUUGAUAAUCCUAAUUGGUUUGACUCUUUUAGGUUUUGGAUUUUAUGCGCUCUAUAAACAAGUAGGAUUGAAUUAUGAAGGUAAUCGAAAAAUAUAUAAUUAGAUCUAUAUUUUAAUACUGCGAGUUGGUUAAAAACGUUAUUAGAAUACGGGCUUAUCAUAUUAGGAGCUUUGAUCUUAAUAACUGGAAUAGCGGGUGCAAAAGGAUCAUCUUAGAAAAAGACAUCUUGCAGAGGAUGUUUACUAUUAACUUACUAAUUGGGGGCUAUUCUAUUUUUUGUUUUGUGUACAGGUUUAGCAAUAGGCACUCUGAUAUAUUCCUCAGAUCUCUUUGGAGAAGGUAGUUAGAAAUUUAUAUCAUUUAGAAUGCACCAACAAAGAUUAUUUUGAAUUGGUUGACUCUUAGAUCUAACAAGCAGAACUAUACUUUUGUUCUAGUUAUUGUUAAUGCUAUAUCACAGAAGAAACAUUGAAUCGUAAUUAAACAGCAUUUGACGGAAAGAACUAUACGACUGAUAAAAAUGUUGAAAAAAAAAUAGAAAAAAUCCAGGAAUGUCCAGAUUAUGAGGUUAAUGCAUACUCUGCUGCUGUUUCAAUAUUGGGGACUGCAGAAUAACUAUUGCAUUGUGCCGGUUGGUGCCAUCCUUCAGCCUAUUAUAUAUUUAGUGACAUAAAUGAUGAUUCAUUCAAUGGAGAGAGUUGUUUCACAGAAACCAAGAAUUUUGUAGAGUCGACCGGAAGAAUAUUGGGAUACGUUCUAUUAGGAUUAGGGAUAUAUUUUGGCAUAAAUGUUUUGUUUGUGCUUCUUAUUUGUUGCCAUUCUGAGAAGAAAAAUAAAACUGAUUAUCUCCUCUAUGAAACCUGAAAAGC